AGGAAAGACCUACAUUUUAAGUGUAAUGAUGGUCUGUCUCUCUUCUAUUGUUAAUUACCUUUUCCUCUCCAUUUUUAUAGCAACACGCUAUUUUCUGCAGUACAAUACUGUUCAUAUAAUGCUCUGGAGGGUUCCACAGUGUGUUCCAACACUACUUUAUGCAGACAGAGGGGGUUGGAAGGAAUCUAGAAAAGUUGGGACACCUGUAGGAUUUGGUAACACCAACUUUCAAGGCUUGAUCAACCUCCAAUUGCUGCAGAACAGCUUUAAGUUGUUAAACCAUUUCUGUUGCCUGAAAAAGGCCUUUUUGUAUAAUUCUGAAAUGUACAUUAUUUUUCAGUUUUGGAUAACCUUACCUUUUUUUUUUAUCCUUUGGCAGUUCACCACUUGCCUUUGUACCAUUUCAAGCUAUUCAUUGGACUUGAACUACUUGAAUUUCAAUGAAAAACUGGAAGAAUUGGGACGUUCUAAAAGUUUUGACCAGUAGUGCAUUUUGAUAAGGGCCCUGGUGAGCCCAGAACAGAGCUGCUGGUCCAGCUCUCUGUUUUUAGGUUCUAUUGACUAAAGGGUCUUCUCCAAAUAGGAACUCUAAGAACACCUUAAAUUUAACUUGAGGUAAACCACCUACCUUCUGACUGCCUCCAUAGUUAACCAUCUGGGUAGCCCUUUAGCUGAGUUGCCCUUUCAGUCAGUUUUUCAGUCACUUUCCUCCAAAUGAUCAGGGUAAGUUGCUGCAUUAUGUGAAGAGUUUAGAAUGAAACCCCCAGAAAUAAGUAUAGGAAAAUCUCACAAAUGCAAUAGCCCAACUUUAUAUUAGCAUCAGAUGUUAUCGGUGGCUAACUAAAAGUCCAACCUCUUUGUAGUUGCUUAGUUGCUUGUGUUUUUCCAACAACAACAGAGGUUUCUGUAGACACACACCUCACACUGUUCCUUUCAUGUUUGACACAGAUGAGACUGUUCCGGUACCAGAACCACGUCCCAUCAGAUAUUACCAACAGAAGCUUCAGUCAAACUUCCAGGACACAUUUAAGGUUACAACAGAGGGGUGGGCAGCAGAUGAGGAGCUUCUGGUUGAUAUCUACACAGAGGUGUACAUCACAGCUGGCCGGGACGUGCACGUCAACACACAGCAUGAGGUCCUACAGAUUGACAAGGUGUGGAAGCCAUCAGACACAGAGACACAGAUCCAACCCAGAGACAUUUUCAACCAUCCUUCUGGAAAAGACAUACCCAUCAGAACAGUGCUGACCAAUGGGAUUGCAGGGAUUGGAAAAACAUUCCUUGUGCGUAAGUUUGUGUUGGACUGGGCCGAAGAAAGAACCAAUCAAGACGUGCAUCUUAUUUUCCCGUUCACUUUCCGUGCCCUGAAUUCACUGCAGGGACAAGAGUUUGGUUUGGCAGAGCUCAUUCAUGACUGUAUCCCAGAAACUAAAGACGUCACAGUGGAGGCUCUGAAUUACAUCUUUACAGCUCUGCAGUCAUCAGGAACCAGCAGCUACAAGAAGAGCAGAUUCAAACUGCUGUUUGUGUUUGAUGGACUGGACGAGAGUCGCCUUCAUCUGGACUUUGAUGUAAACAACAUUCGCUCCGUGGACGUAACAAAGUCAACGAAAAUAGAAGUCCUGCUGAGCGGACUUAUCAGUGGAAGACUGUUGCGCUCAGCUCGCCUCUGGAUAACCACACGACCUGCAGCAGCCAAUCAGAUCCCUCAGAACCUCGUCAACACUACAACAGAGGUCAGAGGGUUCACCGACCCACAGAAGGAGGAGUACUUCAGGAAGAGAUUCAGAGACAAGAAGCAGGCCAGGAGCAUCAUCUCCCACAUGAAGAAGUCACGAAGCCUCCACAUCAUGUGCCACAUCCCAGUGUUCUGCUGGAUCACUGCUACAGUUCUGGAGGAGCUGCUGGAAACCAGAGAGGGAGGAGAUCUGCCCAGAACCCUGACUGAGAUGUACGCAGAGUUUCUAAGAUUUCAGAUUGAUCAUACAAAAGAAAAGUACGGUCUAGAGAAGUGCAUUCAGUACAUUAAGUCAUUAGCUAAACUGGCUUUUGAACAGCUGCAAAAGGGCAACCUGAUCUUCUAUGAGAAAGAUCUGAGAGAAAGCAGCAUCGAUGUGAGUGAAGCCUCAGUGUACUCAGGAGUGUUCACAGAGAUCUUCAAAGAAGAGCGAAGACGGAAACAGAAAGACAAGAUGUUCAGCUUCGUCCAUCUGAGUGUUCAGGAGUUUCUGGCUGCUCUUCAUGUCCAUCUGACCUUCAUCAACUCUGGAAUCAACCUGCUGGAAGAAGAACAACAAACAACAUCCUGUUGGUCUGAAAUGUUCCAAAGUUAUUCAACAGGUUUCUACCAGACAGCUGUGGACGAGGCCCUACAGAGUCCAAACGGACACCUGGACUUGUUCCUGCGCUUCCUCCUGGGUCUGUCACUGCCGACCAAUCAGAAAAUCCUACGAGGCCUGCUGACACAGACAGGAAGUAGCUCACAGACCAAUCAGAAAACAGUGGAGUACAUCAAGGAGAAGAUCAGUGAGAAUGUGUCUGUAGAGAGAAGCAUCAAUCUGUUCCACUGUCUGAAUGAACUGAACGAUGUUUCUCUAGAGGAUGAGAUCCAACAGUCCCUGAGAUCAGGACGUCUGUCCACAGAUGAACUGUCUCCUGCUCAGUGGUCAGCUCUGGGUUUCAUCUUAAUGUCAUCAGGAGAACAUCUGGACGUGUUUGACCUGAAGAAAUACUCUCCUUCAGAGGAGGUUCUUCUGAGGCUGCUGCCAGUGGUCAAAGUCUCCAAGAAAGUUGUACUUAAUAACUGUAAUCUGUCAGAGAGAAGCUGUGGAGCUCUGUCCUCAGUCCUCAGCUCCCAGUCCUCCAGUGUGACAGAGCUGGACCUGAGUAACAACAACCUGCAGGAUUCAGGAGUGGAGAGUCUUUCUGCUGGACUGGAGAGUCCACACUGUAAAGUGGAAGCUCUCAGGCUGUCAGGCUGUCUGGUCACAGAGGAAGGCUGUGCUUCUCUGGCCUCAGCUCUGAGCUUCAAGACCUCAAAUCUGAGAGAGCUGGACCUGAGCUACAACCAUCCAGGAGACUCAGGAGAGAAGAUGCUGAGAGCUAAAGUGGAGGAUCCAGACUGUAGACUGGAAACUCUCAGGGUGACGCCUGCUGGAGUCCGAUGGUUGACACCAGGUCUGAGGAAGUAUUCCUGUCAACUCACAGUCGACACAAACACAGUAAACAGAAACCUCAAACUCUCUGACAACAACAGGAAGGUGACAUAUGUGGUGGAGGAUCAGUCGUAUCCUGAUCAUCCAGACAGGUUUGACCUCCCCUGGCAUCAGCUGCUGUGUGGAACUGGUCUGACUGGUCGCUGUUACUGGGAGGUGGAGUGGAGAGGAGUGGUUCGUAUAUCAGUGAGUUCCAGAGGAAUUGGAAGAAAAGGAGACAGAGAUGACUGUGUGUUUGGAUUUAAUAAUGUGUCCUGGAGUCUGUUCUGCUCUGAUCAUGGUGGUUACUAUGUCUGGCACAACAACAGUCAAACAUCCAUCAGUUCCUCCUCAGUCUCUCACAGAGUUUCAGUUUAUGUGGAUGUUCCUGCUGGAACUCUGUCCUUCUACAGAGUCUCCUCUGACUCUCUGAUCCACCUCCACACCUUCAACACCACAUUCACUCAACCUCUCUAUCCUGGAUUUGGAUUUGGUGUUAGGUUUCGUUCCUCAGUGUUUCUGUGCUGAGUUGAGUCUCCAGAGUCUCCUCCUGGUAGAGAAACAGUGUUGAACAGAUUGUUGAGUCUCUCCAUGACUCUGUCCCUCAGAAACAUGUUUUCACAUUCAUGGAUUAAAUGUGUUUCUUUGUGAAAUCCCUGUAAAUGUU